ACCGUGGAGACAAAUAGAAGCUAUCGGUACUAUCGAUAGUGCCAUCGAAUCUCUAACUUAUAUUUAUUCGUCUCGUUUUAUCCCUUCUAAUAGCUGCAUUAAGUUUUCGUAGUAUUUGCAAAAUGGUGGAUACUAAAUUGGAGGCGGUACCUAGCGUAGACAUUGGGGUAGGAAUAUUUAAAUAUGUACUCAUAAAAGUGUACGGGAAGGACGAAUCAUACCAAAAAAUCAUUGUACGAGGCUAUGCAGACUGUCAAUGGCAUUCUGAUAUAUACGAUCGAUCGAGCGAAUCCUUGAAGGGACUUGGACUGGAGACGGAAUGCCUUGGUGGUGGACGGAUUGAGUAUAAUUCCAAUUCAAAGCUUAUAAAAGUUUAUGGUUAUUCACAGGGCUUUGGAAAGGCAGACCACUAUAAAACCAAACAAAUUUUGCAAGAUAAAUUUCCAGAGUAUGAAAUUCAGAUUUCUGAUGAAGGAUAUUAAAAGUAUUGAAAGUUGUAUUGUGUUAUUCUUAAAAAGAUGUAUGUACAUACAUACACUCAUUCAAGAAAGUUUGCAUACAGAGAUUUAUUGCAAUA